AUGGCCGAAAAGGACAUCAAAAACUUGGAGGUUGAGGAGGAAACUCUCCACAAGAUCCGUAUCACGCUCACCUCCCGCAACGUCAAGUCUUUGGAGAAGGUGUGCAGCGACUUGAUCGAGGGUGCUAGGUCCAAGGACUUGUCCUGCAAGGGUCCGGUCCGUCUGCCGACCAAGCGUCUCCGCAUCUGCACCCGUAAAGCUCCGAACGGUGAGGGUACCAACACCUACGACAAGUUCGAGAUGCGCAUCCACAAGCGCUUGAUUGACUUGCACUCUCCAUCCGAUGUCGUCAAGCAGAUCACGUCCAUCCACAUCGAACCCGGUGUCGAGGUCGAGGUCACCAUCAACGAUGCCUAAGACGUGGCUGCUGCAUCACCUUUAAUAGGGUCAGUCGCGGUCGCGGACAAGGAUGCUCGAACAGUAACCGCUGUUCGGAUAGUUGCUGACGACCGAUGUUGAAAGUGAAGAUGGCGCAUAUGUGGAGGAAAGCCUUGUGGUGCAAAAGUAGCUCUAUUCGACUCCACUCUUGUGCUUACACAGCUGCAUACAAAAAUGACAUUGAUGAUUCUGAUUGGGUCAUUGAUUGUGCGAUAAUUCAGAAUCCAUCGAAUGCCUAGUGUUGCUGAAUUGUGUCUUUGUGCCACUUUGUUGUUACAGACAGAACUGCCUGAAUCCACGAACGUCAAAAACAAGUGCGAAG